GCUGAUGGAAGGUUAGUCCGGGGAUGGUCGUAGCUCGGCCCGGGACUAGCGACGGCUCGGACCGGUGGGUUGGGCCGGGACUAGCCCGCCAUCCUGCCCCGGUGACUCGCACUCCGAGCCGGACCCAGUCCGCCUGCCCUCUGUCUCCUCCCACGUCUCCACGCCCACUUCCUCAUUCCGCAGCCCUCCUGCUCCAGGCUUCCUCCAGCGGCCCGCCGGCCGCCCCGACUCCCAGCGGCACCACAGGGAGAAGAUUAUUGGAGUAAGACGGCGUUAGCGAUUAACUGAGGACACUCUGGUUUCACCUCUGAGGUCAGUGAAGGAACCACUGCCAAGAUGUACUGGGACGUCAGCCAUGCAGACAACAGUGAGAACAGCAUGGAACAGGAAACGGGGACUGCUGAUGAGACAAUGGGGAGCAAGCAGUCAGGACUGGGGAACCCGGCCUUCGAUCAGUGCCCAACCCUGCAGAGCAUCCAGGCAGCCUACAGUGUUGGGGAGGUGGACCGAGCUCAGCAUCUCAUCCGGCUGUUUUGUGAGGAGUCUGACAGCAGUGUGGAGAAGUGUGAACUCUUGGCCAUUGCUGCCUCAAAUGGAGACUCGGAGAUAGUUCAGUACCUGCUCCAGGAGGCACAAGUGGAAAUGUCAAAGGAGCCCAGUCACGAAAACCCUGCUAUCAUUGCCGCACAUCAGGGUCACGAGGAGGUUGUCAAGGUGUUACUGAAUUCGAUGUCAGGUACGUGCACAGACAAGGACCUGCUGAGCUGGAUGCUUGCAGCAGCCUGUAGCCAAGGACACAUGGCUAUGGUGAAGCUCUUGGUGCUUGAAUACAAGGCAGAGGCAAACAACUGUGGGAUGAAGUCACAGAAUUAUCCUAUCAUCACUGGGCAGCCAUUGUACGCGGCGAUGCAGGCAGGGAAUGAAGAGAUCGCCACCUUCCUCCUGGAGAAUGGAGCCCACUUCUCCUCAUACACACUCAUGGAUCAUCCACAGCUCAGCAAACAGCUCCUGAGGAAACAGUUUACAGAACCAAGCAGCCAGUGUGAAGAGUCUACCAUACAAACGGGCCAGUCACUGAAGUGGUCUCAACUGAAGCUGCCUUGGUUGGACCUGGAUUGGUUCAUAGAUAUGUCCAGUCAAGUAACAGAACUCGAUCUGAGUAGGAACAGCCUCUCUCUCCUCCCUUCAGUUAUUCCUUGGGGAUUAGUGCAUCUGAGAAAACUCAAUUUGUCCGCAAACCAGCUGAAGGAAUUGCCGAAUGCAGUCUCAUCAGAAGAAAUCCUCUGUACAGGAAUACUGGAGAUUGAUGUAUCAAGAAACCAGCUGACCUGCUUGCCCUCUGGCUUCUUGCAUCUCCCAAAGCUUCAGAAGCUGACAGCUACCAGCAAUUCACUGAACAUGUUAUUUGAUGAAGAAAAAGCAACAAACUGGAUUGGAUUACGAAAGCUGAGGGAGAUUGAUGUCUCUAACAAUAGACUUGAGAUUUUGCCAACGGUCUUUCUUCACUGUUUCAAGUCCCUCAACAGUCUUAAUGCGUCCCGAAAUGCACUCAAGUGCUUUCCUGAACCUUGGGCCUGUCCUUUGAAAUUUUGUAAUGUGUCCAGAAAUUCCUUGGAAUCUCUUCCAAACAGCCUGUGUGACUUCUGGAAAAAUUAUCUGAAGGAAGCAGAUUUUUCUGACAAUUUACUGAAGGAAUUGCCAUCAAACAUCUUUGAGCUUCAGGCCCUGAAUUCUCUGAAGCUGUCAGGCAAUCAAUUGCAGUCACUGCCCUCAGUAGAUAGAUGGCAAUGCUCCAGUCUCAAGUCGCUUGAUCUCUCUCGAAAUCAGUUUGGAAAGGGAGAAGAACCAACCAGAACAAGAAGGGUCAAUUUUUUUACAGUACGACUAAAGAAAAGUUCGGACACAGUUUCAGCAAUUGAAUUCCCACAGAUCCUUGGUGAAUGUUUAGAAGUCCUGCAUCUGGACAGUAAUUUUCUGGACUCGGUCCCUCAGUCGGUGUGUUGGCUGCGUGCCCUCUCUGAGCUGUACCUUUCAAAUAACCCUGGAAUCCGUGAACUCCCUGCUGAGCUUGGCCAGCUAGCUAAUCUGUGGCAGCUGGAUAUCGAUCAGUUAAAUAUUUCAAAUGUACCAACAGAGAUCAAAAAUGAAGGACCAACGUCAGUGCUGGCCUUCCUAAGAGCACAGCUGCGGAAAGCUGAGCCUUGCAAGCUGCUGAAGAUGAUUGUUGUCGGGCCGCCUCGUCAGGGGAAGUCCACUCUCCUCGAGACACUUCAGACUGGGAAACCUCCACAGCCCAUGUACAAAGAAAGUAGCAUCCAGACCACCACCUGGGAGCUUCCACGACCUGCUACGGUCAAGAAUAAGGUGGAUUCCAUUGUGUUUAACAUUUGGGAUGUUGGAGGGGCUGCUAAAAUGGCCACGGUCAAUCAGUGCUUCUUCACCGAGAAAGCCCUUUAUCUAAUGGUGUGGAACCUGGCCCUUGGAGAGGAAGCAGUGGCAAACUUACAGUCCUGGCUCCUGAACAUUGAGGCCAAGGCUCCAAAUGCCACUGUGAUUGUGGUUGGAACCCAUCUCGAUCUGAUUGACACUAAAUUUCGCACAGAGAGGAUCGCUACACUUCGUGCAUACAUCUUGGCUUUGUGUCGCUCGCCAUCCGGACCCAGAGCGAGUGGGUAUCCUGACAUCAGUUGUCGGAACUUACAUGAGUUAUCGUGCAAAACAUUGGAUGGACUAGAAGGGCUCCGCAAACUGAUCUUUCAAGUUGCAUGCAGCAUGAGAGACACGGGGAGUGCAACUACUUCACAGAAGUUGGUUGGAAGACUGAUACCGAGGAGUUACAUCAACCUGCAGACUGCUGUCCUGAAGGAACAGCAGAGAAGAAGUGAUAACAAUGAGGUCCAGUACUUAACUGACCAACAACUGGAGGAGAUUGUGCAGCAGACUCCUGAAAAUGACAUCAAGGAUUUUGAAGACUUACAGACUGCUCUUGGCUUCCUUAUUGAGACAGGAGCAGUGCUGCACUUCCCAGACACUAGCCAUGGGCUACGCAAUCUCUAUUUCCUGCAUCCCGUGUGGUUAUCUGAAUGCUUGGAGAGAAUUAUCAACAUCAAAGCAUCCCGCUCUCUUGCCACAAACGGAGUGAUACAGGUGUCGGAACUAAGAAAACUGCUUGAUGGAACUGGCUUCACAAAGCAGACCGAGGAACAAUAUUUCCAGUUCUUAGCCAAAUUUGAGAUUGCACUUCCGAUUGCCAACAACAGUUACCUGCUCCCACAUCUAUUGCCGUCCAAACCGGGAAUUGACAUGAGUAACCUGCGGAGGAAGGGCACCAACACCAUCGAGAGGCUCUUCAAGAUGAACUUUGUGCCCAUUGGUUUCUGGCAGCGUUUUAUUGCCCGUAUCCUGAUCAGCCUUUCAGAAAUGGAUGCACAACUCAUUGAAAACGAAAAGAAUCCAAAACGAGGCCGAGGGAAUCGGGCUUCGGUUUACAGCUUCACGGGGUCACAGCGUCGCAAUCGCUGCAGCACCUUCCGAGUAAGGAGAAACCAAACUAUCUACUGGCAAGAAGGUUUGCAGUUGAACUACGAUGGUGGGUGUCUAAGUGUGGAAUCCUCGGAGGUGAACUGGAAAAGGAAAAAAAGCGCAGGAAUAAAAAUCAUGUGCCAGUCGGACACACGAGAUUUCUCAGCGGUGGCGUUCAUCACUGAUCAUGUCAAUUCUCUGAUCGAUCAAUGGUUUCCAGCUCUUACAGCCACGGAAACAGAUGGGACUCCCCUGGUUGAACAGUACGUUCCCUGCCCUCACUGCACCCGCACAACCAUGGGGGAAGCACAAACCCACUUCCAGGGACAAGGCCUGCAUUACUUCAGCAUGGAGGACUGCCUACUCACUGCCAUUGAACACACGGACAUCGAAUGCCCGAACCACCCGACAGCACCCGUACCCCUGGAUGAGUUGGUUCCUGAGAUCUUCAUGACAGAUUUCCCAGCCCGGUUGUUUCUGGAUGUGAAGUGUUUGGAACAGAGUGAAAGUACAGACCAGGUUCUGGGACAAGGAGGUAGUGGUACCACUGUGUACAAAGCAAAGUACAGAAAAAUGCCUGUAGCAGUCAAAAAGUUUCACUUCAAAAGUUAUCAAGCACAAUCCAGUAACCUCCGCAAGGAUUCAAUGUUUAGGCACCUGGAAGCCUUGGAAGCAUUGCGGAAUUUCUCCGAGUUCCGGCAGGAAACCAGUAUACUUCACUCCCUGCAGCACCCGUGCAUCGUGGCACUGGUGGGCAUCAGCAUUCACCCGCUUUGCUUUGCCUUGGAGUUGGCUCCAUUGGGCAGUCUCAAUAUGGUGCUAACCGAAUACUCUAAAGCAGAUACCUCCUUCAUACCCCUGGGCCACAUGCUGACGUACAGAAUGGCCUAUCAAAUUGCACUUGGGUUGGCCUAUCUACAUAGGAAGAACAUCAUCUUCUGCGACCUCAAGUCUGAUAAUGUUUUAGUUUGGACUCUGGAUGUGGUGUGCCCAGUCAAUGUGAAACUGUCUGAUUACGGGGUAUCUCGUCAGUCAUUCCAUGAGGGAGCUCUUGGGGUAGAAGGUACUCCUGGAUAUCAAGCACCAGAAAUUAUGCCAGGGAUUGUUUACGAUGAAAAGGUUGACAUGUUUUCAUACGGUAUGGUCCUGUAUGAGUUGCUGUCUGGACAACGGCCAAUCCUCGGACAUCACCAGGCACAGAUUGCUAAAAAGCUGUCUAAAGGAGUCCGACCUUUGCUGGGACCUCUGGAGGAGGUGCAGUUCUGCAAGUUGCAGAAUCUAAUGUUUCAGUGCUGGGACACCAAGCCUGAAAAGCGGCCAGGAGCAAGCUCUGCUGUCAGAUUGAUGCAGGAUCCCAGCUUUCCAAUCUUCAUGUAUACCUUGCAGUCUGGCAGACAAAACUUAUUCUGUCCUUCCCAGGACCUCGAGCGCACAGUUAUUUUCUGGGAUGAAGAAGGAACCAAAAGGAAUUACAGUGUGGUGAAUAUCGACAAAGGACUGAUUGAAGUCAAUCACAUCAGCUGCCCUGGUGUCGGAAUCAGCUGCCAACUGAAGCUCCAGACUGCGUUAUGGGCAGCAACAAAGGACCAGAAAAUUCAGGUGUACAGCCUUAAAGGGAUGUGCCCCUUAAAUGUGCCUCUCCUGGUGCUGGAUGUUCCUGCCAUUGUCACAUGUUUCCUGUCAGUAUCGCGUGGAAACCAGAAGUGUCCACUAAUGCUUGCUGGCAUGGCUGAUGGGAUGAUCGCAGUCUACUCACUAGCCAGUGAAAUUCCCAAGGACUGGUCCUCCUACCUGUGCUCACGUUCUGCAAACAACUUCCGGUUUAAAAUUCCUGACAGCGACCCACGACAGAAUGCAUACCCAGUUACCGACAUGAUAACAGUGAACAAUGAAUCAGAAGUGUGGUACAGCAAUGGUCCUGGGAUUCUGGUCAUCGACACACUAACUACAGAAAUCAUUCACCGAUUAGAACCUUACCAGCCACCUUCUCAGGUCAUCUCAAUGACGUGCAGCCUGGGCUGUAAUGGAGAAGAGACCAUCUGGUGUUUGGAUGACAAGACAAAUACAUUGGUUAUGUACCGUGCUUAUCAGAUCUGUGCCCACUAUGCCUGCAGUGACUGUAAUCCAUUGAGAGAUGUGUUUCCCAUCCAGCAGCCUGUAAGUGCCGCACCAACCAUAGCCAUCACACCCAAAGACGCAAAUGAAUCCAAUUCCACAGACGUCACCAUCAUUUUCAAUGACGAGGUUGGGACUCAGAUAAUAAGACACUGUGACUCCAUGACCGACUAUUGUUCUUUGUCCUCGUCUUCUUCCUUCUCCGCCAACAGAACUAUCAGUAUGCUGAGUUCCUCUGCUGGCCCAACAAGUAUUCCCACUUCUCCGGACUAUGAAGGACCAGAUACGCUGAGUGUUCCAAGUGGCGUGCCUGAGAACGUCUCCCCAGCAGCGGAUAAUCUCAAGCAGCUACAAGCUGUUAAAGUCCUCACGGUGAAGGACACGUUAUGGAUACCAAGGCACGGCGGUGACAUCAUUGUGAUUGAACUACAAAACCAGUGUGGCUGUGAGCAGGGCAAGGUGGUGGCUGUGCUGAAGGCUGGAUCAGUGACCGAGGACAGCACACUGGUAGAGGCUGCUGUUGUGGCAAAGGACACGGUGGUCUGCUGCUUUCGAGACGAGAUUGGAGACUGGCGCCUGUGUGUGUGGAGAGGCUGGGGUUCCCAAGAAUUCGAGCUCUUCUAUCAGUCCUUUGAAGAGUUGGGGAGAAUGGAGGUCAGCAUGCGCAGACGGAGGUAGCGUCACGAGCUUUCUCCGCUCCUCUGGACCUGUGGCCUCUCAGGAAGCAGCAAGGUUUCUAUUGACAUGAAAACAGAAAUAAAUCUGUAAAUUGAAGCUUAAAGACCAGACUUAGAACAAAAAAAGAACUCCCCUUGUCUUUGAAUGUAGCCUGUGGAAACAGGAGACUUCAGCACAAAACACUCUUCAAAGCAGCUAGUGCAACGAUGGGAAGAAAUGAGAGGAAUCUGUUGGAAUUCAUUCAACUCCACAGCGAAUUGAAGCCUUCAGUUUCCACACAAGCUGAGUUCUGGACUCAUGAUCCAUCCUGUCUCCUUCCAUUCACAGUCAGAUAUUUCUCUUCUUGACUAUGUAAAGCCAUAUGGGUUGUCUGCAAAGAGCUUAAAUGGGACUAAUUUAUUUAUUAUGCAAUAAAUGCAACAAAAAAUGAAUUGUCUGUAAGUGAUGGGGGUCUAGAAUGUGUGUGAAAGUCAGGUGCAGCAUUCUGAAACCAUAUGUUUCUCUUAUAUCAACAGAGCACCAUCCCUCGCCUCCUGUGAAGCAGGGCAUUGGGAUACAUGUUCGGCCUACUUAGGUGAACAAGGCCACAUUUCAGUGUCCUGUGCUUCAAGGGCAUCGUCAAAGGAUUCCCAGCUCAAGAAGUGGGUUGGAUGAAAGCCUUCAAUCAGGCAGUGGAAAAACUUGAGCCCACGAGCAUCUUGCAUGCUUGGCAAAUGCCAAGGUUGCUGAUCCCAGCUGGAAUAGAGUCAUGGAGAGCUACAGCGAGGAAACAG